GACAUGCCUCGAAAGCAUCACACCUGGAAGGAGCAGAGUCCUUGGCUGUCUUCCUUGGUGAACGCUGCGGGGACCGGCGUGCCCACCAAGGGCUUCCCCGUGGGCGCGGAUGAGCAGGCGGCACGCUGGAACCCACCCCGGUGCGGCGACAUGCCUCGAAAGCAUCACACCUGGAAGGAGCAGAGUCCUUGGCUGUCUUCCUUGGUGAACGCUGCGGGGACCGGCGUGCCCACCAAGGGCUUCCCCGUGGGCGCGGAUGAGCAGGCGGCACGCUGGAACCCACCCCGGUGCGGCGUGCCGGACCUCCCGGCAUCCCCGGACGGCCAGAACGGGCGGAACCGGCAGAAGCGGUUUGUCCUCUCUGGCGGACGCUGGGACAAGACUGAUCUCACCUAUAAAAUUAUCAGGUUCCCGUGGCAACUUGUAAAAGCUAAAGUGCGAAGGACCAUCGAGGAAGCUUUGCAAGUCUGGAGCGACGUGACCCCACUGACCUUCACCGAGGUGCAGGAGGGCCGGGCUGACAUCGUCAUCGAUUUCACAAGGUACUGGCAUGGAGAUAACUUGCCUUUUGAUGGGCCCGGAGGGAUCCUGGCGCACGCGUUCUUCCCCAAGACACACCGUGAGGGAGACGUCCAUUUUGACUAUGACGAGACCUGGACGAUUGGGAACAACCUGGGCACUGACCUCCUGCAAGUGGCUGCUCAUGAGUUUGGCCAUGUCCUGGGCCUGCAGCACACGGCUGUCUCCAAGUCGCUGAUGUCUCCUUUCUACAUCUUCCGCUACCCGCUAAGUCUGAGUGAGGAUGACAAGCAAGGUAUCCAGUACCUCUAUGGGAAACCCAAACUGGAUCCUGACCCAACCCCAACUCAGCCAGCAGAGCUGCCCCAGCCGGACCUUGAAACAAAUGAGAUCACCAACGUGGAGUCUGUGCAGCCCGACGCCUGCGACACAGCUUUCGACGCCGCAUCCACCAUCCGAGGGGAGCUGUUCUUCUUCAAGUCCCGCUAUGUGUGGCGGCUCCGAGCUGGAAAGCUGCAGGACGGCUACCCAGCUCGAGGACCCUCUGGGCAAUAUCUGGUUUUUCCAAGGUAAGAGCUGGACUGGGAUCAGGUGGUUGAUGCCACCUUCGAGGACCCUCUGGGCAAUAUCUGGUUUUUCCAAGAUUCUCAGUACUGGAUUUACGAUGGCGAGAGAAGGGUGUCUGGUCCUGCCCCGAUUGUGGAGCUGGGCCUCCCUGCAUCCCCUGUGCAGGCAGCUCUGGUGUGGGGGGCUGAGAAGAACAAGAUCUACAUCUUCAGUGGAGGCAACUACUGGCGCUUCCACCCUCACACCCGUCAGGUGGACAACAUCUACCCCCGGACCAUGGCCGACUGGCGCGGUGUCCCUCAGGAGAUCGACGCGGCUUUUCAGGACGAGUUUGGUUUUGCCUAUUUCCUGAGAGGCCGAGAUUACUGGAAGUUCGAUCCAGUCCAGGUGAAAGUGCUGGAGGGCUACCCACGCCAGAUCAGCCAGGACUUCUUCAGCUGUACGCCUUCCUCCAACUCCUUCAGAUGA